AUGCUUGUGGAACUUGUUAGGGCUGGAGCCACUUUUGAUCUCCCCCUCUUUGUGGCUCAAAAAAUGUACAGGUUUUCCAGGGCAGCCUUGUGGAUUGGGACAACUUCCUUCAUGAUCCUGGCUCUUCCUGUUGUCUUUGAGACUGAGAAGUUGCAAAUGGAGCAACAGCAGCAACUGCAGCAGCGGCAGAUACUCUAGGACCUAGGGCCUAACAUAGGGCUGUCAGGAGGAAUGCCAGGGGCUCUACCUUCACUUCCUGGAAAGAUCUAGAUUGUUACUGCUCUAUCUGACCUGUCUUGGUGGGAAAAGUUUGAAAAUUCAAUACUGUUUGAACUGAUUUUUUUCUCUUAUUCUUUUUGGCACAAAAAAUAAACCUGGUUGGGAAAAUGUCCCGUUCGUUGUCUCAUGGAGACUCCCAACUUGCAGCUGUGCCCUCCAA